AUGAAAUUACUCCCCUUAUACUUAAUUGUAUCAGCUACAUUCUUAGUACAAAGUUUUCAUAGUGCCCAAACAACUCCUCUCGAAAAUAGCGCUUAUCCUCUUCAGGGAUACAGACGAAUCGCCUUCCCGCAAUCAAAAGAUAAUACAUUACACAAAAAACGUAAACCGAAGCCGCUAGCCCUAAGCGAAAUCAGAAACGUACUCACCUCGAUACUCCAAGAGGUCGCCGCGCCACUCAAGGAACAAAAGCGAGACACCAAAUCCCACAAACACUCGAUGGCCAAAGGGGGCCGCAAGGCCGUAGCCCACAAAAGUCGCGCCAUUCUCCCCGAAUGGAACAAGUGGACGGACUGGUCUUCGUGCAGUGUCUCCUGCGGAAAAGGCAGGGAAAUCCGGUGGAGGCACUGCAUGAACAACUGCAACGGAGUGGAAACUGAAAUGGAAGAGAAAGCCUGUCAGUUGCCCGCCUGCAUCGGGAAAUUGUUUGGGCUGAUUAAGUUAUGAUAACAAAAUAUCUGUAAGUGUAAGAAUGACAAUAAAAAACACAUAAACAAAA